ACCAACAAGCAUCGCGGUAUACCGGCUGUGAGCCUGCAAGCGUGGCGUUGUGAAAAGUACGGCGGCUCGUAAGCCUAGGUGGCAGAUUCCGGCCUGCAUUACAACCGCAGUCACCACGAUACGCAGUGCCUCACCCCGGAUCUCAUCGAAGUCUGUCAGCAUUGCAAUAUAACCAAGUACUCAACGCGUGUAGCCUUUUUCGCAAGGAUCACCCCGCCCACAGGUCCAUCGAGGUCAUCUGUAGUCCCUCCCCAACCCACCAGUAGCCGCCGGAUAUGGCUCUAAAUCUGGAGAAACAAUUGCAAUUCUAUGGCGCAUACCAUCACGAUCCGGUCAACGUCGGAAUCCAUGUUACAUGUGUGCCCAUGAUCCUAAUCACAGCCUUUUUAUUCGGCACCAACACCCCAGCUCUACCGUUUCCGUCCUGGCUUACAGUCCCAGACCUGCCGCCGAACCUCGGCACCAUCGCCUGCCUUGUGUACACAACACUGUACAUUCUCAUGGAGCCAGUGGCCGGCGGCCUUCUCGCACCCUUACUGCUCGGCGCCACAGCGUACGCCAACCACCUCACGAGCACCUACGGCAUGAAGGCCAAUUACAUCGCCAUUGGGGUCCAUGUUUUCUCCUGGAUUGCACAAUUCGUCGGACAUGGAAUCUUCGAAGGUCGCGCUCCUGCCUUGCUCGAUAAUCUCGUUCAAGCUCUCUUUCUUGCACCGUUCUUUGUGUGGCUGGAGGUGCUGUUUAUGCUGGGCUAUCGUCCGGAGUUGAAGAAGCGGCUGGAUCAAAACGUAGGAAUAGAGGUUGGGAAGUUCAAAUCAGAGAGGGCGGUGAAGGGCAAGACAGCUCCAAAUGGCGUUGCUCUAGCUAACGGCCAUGCUAAUGGGCACGCAAAGUGAGCAAACGUAGAGUCGAACUGUGGGAGAAAGCGUCACUUAGAAAAGGCAUUGCGAUGGCUCGAAAUCUCACAUUCCAUAUACGACCCCAAAGUUACUUGCUCCAUGGUGACCGACAACAGGCUACGUCGCAGUCUCUUGUUCGGACGCAGCGACACAUGCCGUCACUUC